AAAAGGUGUGUCUACAGCCACUCAGUCAGAGAGAGUGACACAAGCCCUAUUAGGAAAUCCCUGGAGGACGAGGAUAUAAAUCUCUGCCUGCCUGCUGAGUUUCUGCUGAAGGUAAAGUCAGGCCUGGCAACCUUCCCCAGGCGAGAAGCUACAAGGUCAAAGAAUGCAGGGCUGCAGUCACGUGGCUAUGCCUAACUUCAAGGGUACAGAGAAGUGAAAUCCUGUGUGUACCCGAAAGUAGAAGAGUUCCAGAUGUUGGUGAGCAUUACGGGGUGCUGAACCUGCGAUCUCCACCUCUCCAUCUCGUGUCCUCCAGAAGUUGCCGGAAACAAUGUUCAUUUUGUACGUGUUGAUGAUGGGUGUUUAUUCCUUCACCGUUCAGCCUGAGGAACACAGAGUGGCUACAGGAAACUGCCAGUUUCUUGGCAAACAUUUCAAAACUGAAUUCAAGGUGGAAGGGGAGCCUGUGGUCCUGAAGUGCCCCCAGGUGCCAUCCUGGCUGUGGGCGUCCGUCAGCCCCCACAUCAACGUGACGUGGCGUAAAAAUGAUUCUGCUAGAACGGUCCCAGGGGAAGAGGAGACUCGGAUGUGGGUCCAGGAUGGUGCUCUCUGGAUCUUGCCAGGCUUGCAGGAGGACUCUGGCACCUACAUCUGCACUGUCAGAAACGCCUCUUACUGUGAUGAAAUGUCCACUGAACUCAGGGUUUUUGAGAAGACAGAAGCUUCCCUGCCUUUCAUAUCAUACCCGCAAAUUCUUACGCUAUCAACCUCUGGGUCUUUAGUUUGCCCUGAGCUGAGUGAAUUCACCCGUAACAAAAUGGACAUGAAGAUUCAGUGGUACAAGGAUUCUGUCCUUUUGGACCAAGACAAUGAGAAGUUCCUAAGUGUGAGGGGAACCUCCCGCUUACUCAUAUAUAAUGUGUCUGUGGAGGAUGCGGGGUAUUACAGCUGUGCCGUGGCGUUCAUCCACGAAGGCACGCGCUACGACGUGACUAGGAAUAUUGAACUGCGCGUCAACAAAAAAGAAGAGGAGACAAUUCCUGUGAUUAUCUCUCCUCACCAGACCAUCUUAGCUUCACUGGGAUCAAGACUGACAAUCCCAUGUAAGGUGUUCCUGGGAACUGGUACACAAUCGACCACCAUGCUGUGGUGGAUGGCCAACACCACCAGCAUAGAGAGCGCCUACCAGGGAGUCCGCGUGACCGAGGGGCAGCGCCAGGAAUACUCAGAAAAUAACGAGAACUACAUUGAAGUGCCACUAAUUUUUGAUCCAGUCAUAAGAGAGGAUUUGAACAUGGAUUUUAAAUGCGUUGUCCGCAACACACUGAGUUUUCAGAUGCUACGCACCACGGUCAAAGAAGCUGCCUCAUUCUCCUGGGAGAUUGUGCUGGCCCCCCUCUCCCUGGUCUUCUUGGUUUUGGGGGGAAUAUGGAUGCACAGACGGUGCAAACACAGAACUGGAAAAACAUAUGGUUUGACCACGUUAAAGACUGGCCCUUAAGAUUUUCAGUCUUAUCCGAGUGAAAUAAAGGCAAUAAAACAAUUCAAAUCCAA